UAACGUUACACGAACGGCGAUUUUUUGGUUAUUUCGUGAUUAUAUUCCGUUCUUGGACGAUUUUAUAAAUCAGUAUUUUUUCCAAAACAUCACGGAUUCGACGUUUGGAGAGAAUUCAUUUUUUGUUUUGUAAAUUGUAAACGUAUUGUAAAUUCAUUUUUUUUAAUGCUCGAAUAAUAUAAAAUUAUGGCAGAGAGUGAUACAGACUCGGAGUAUGAUCGCGAUGCUCCAGGACCAUCAACUGAAGGAAAAUUAUACACUGAAUUCAUGGAAAUAAAGUGCGAGUCGCCGUAUUCGUUACAAGAUUUUGAAGCUAGUGCGACUCAAUCUUCUGAUAAUCAAUCACAAAGAAGUUCAUGGUUACAAUCAAUUGAUGACAUCAAGAUUGAACAUGACAUUUGUCAAAUGGAAUUUGAGAGUGAAAAUCAUACUGAAAAUCAUACUGAAAAUCACAUACAGAAACCGAGACAAAUUACUGGAGUUGGGUUGAUCAAAGCGAAAACUUCGGCAGAACGUGGUCGAGAAUUCAGAGCUCGAAGAGCACUGCUUAAUCAACAAAGACGGCAACAGGAAUCCGCUACCAUAGAUGAAAUUUCAACAGAAAAUAUUCAAAACGCUGGCCCAUCAAAAGGAAAUCGAAUCCCUGGACACUCUGAAAUAAAUAUAGUUGAAAAAAGAGCCAAGUCUGCAGAAUCCUCAAGAAGAUGGAGAGCGAGAAAUAUGAGGACUAGAACAAAAGCAAAACAGAAAGCGAAAACUGCAGCUCAACGCAUGCGAGAAUACAGAGAGAGAAAAAGAUUAGCAAAGAAAGCACUAUUAAGGCAGCGAAGUGAACGAAAUUUAGAUGCUAUGGACAGCGCACCAACGGGAGAAAAUCAAAGCGCUGGCCGAUCAGUAUUGAAAAGCAAUUCUGCACAGCUGAGAAGAGGGAAUGAGGAAAUUCGUUUACCACAAUUCGUUCAUCAUCAAGAAACGGAUGAAAAUAAGUCUGACUUCCAUGAUUGGACUUCGAGUUUGAACUACGAUAACAUUACUAAACAUAAAAGGGCUCAUGAAAAAUUUGACCAAAAGUUUCGCGAAAAUCCAUUUGGUUAUUCGUGUACAGUAUGCGAUAGAUUGUGGUUUAAAAAUGAUUUGAAAAAGGCACCUCAUAGUUGUGAAGACCUGUUGAAGAAAAUAACCAAUAUCAACAACAUCAACGACGCAAUGAUUUGUUCGACUUGUAAAUUCGCAAUUGACAGACAAAUUAUUCCGAUAUUGUCGACCUACAAUGGAUUCAAAUAUCCAAAAAUUCCAUCACAUUUACCGAAACUCAAUUUAGUUUCUCAACGUUUGAUUUCUCCUCGUCUCCCAUUUAUGCAGAUAAGGAGACUACGGCAUGUGCAUGGGCAACGUGGUAUUUACGGUGAGACCAUUAAUGUGCCAAUAUCAGUGGAUACAAUGGUAAAUCAACUUCCAAGAGAUAUCAACGAUGGCCAUUGUGUCUAUGUACACAUCAAACGGAAACGAAUUCACAAAUCGAGCUAUUUACACGGAUUAAUUAAUAAGAAGAAAAUUAAGAUAUGGUUACAAUAUUUGAUAAAUACGCCUGUUUAUACCCACUAUAAUAUCACAAUCAACAAUGAAUUCCUCAGAGACUGCGAUGAAGAAACUCAGGAUGGUCAACAAAUAAAUAACAUAGAUGAAAUCAGUGAAGAUAUUCCCAUUGAGGAGAGUCUCACAGCUCAGCAGCAUACUCUUUUGUGGAACGACGAAAAAUUCUUAAGAAUCGCACCUGGAGAAUACAAUAUUCCUCGGAGCUUGUUAUUCAAUGAAGACGCUGAGGAAUUGUCUUUUCCAACUAUUUAUUCGGGACAAUUUAGAACGUAUAAAAAUAAUAUUAGAGCUACGCCAUUCAUGAUUUCUUCGAGUGAAUUGCGGCGUUCAGACCGUCGAGGGGUUACUCCGUACCAUUUGCUGUAUGUCGCCAUGAAGAUUAUGAGACUACGGAUUCGUGACUGUUUGACUGUGGUGUUUAAGCAUAUUGGUCCUAAUACCAAUAUAAAAAGAGAACACAUCGAAUCAGAAAUUUACAUGAACAAUUGUAUUGAAACGAAUCUUGCCUUCCUCCGUUCAAUACCGAAUUCAACUUGGUAUUGGGCACAACGAAAAAAAGAUCUUUUUGCCAUCAUGAGGCAGAAAGGAAGACCAACAGCCUUCAUGACCCUUAGCGCCAAUGAAAUAGGAUGGACAGAUUUAAUCCAGUUGUUAUAUAAAUUAGCAAACAAUGGAGUGAACAUUUCGGAUCGUGUAGCGGCUGAAUUAAGUUUGAUUGAGAAAAGCACACUUAUCAACGAAGAUGCUGUGACUUGCGCCAUCUACUUCAAUAAAUUGGUGAAUGUGUUAUUGACAAUAUUACAAUCUAAAGAAUGUAGUCCUUUCCGUCGCUACAGAGUUGCCGAUUAUUUUGAACAUAUUGAAUUCCAGCAUGGCGGAAGCCCACAUGCUCAUAUAUUACUGUGGCUUGACAAUGCUCCAAAAAAUAUGCUUGGCGAAAAUAACACUGAAGUGAUAAAUUUAAUCGACAGUUUAGUAUCGGUUUCAACAUCUCAAGCAUCAGGAAAUAUCAGACUACAAACCCAUAAACACACAUUCACAUGUUACAAGAAGAUUGUUGCUAAUAGACCACAAAAAUGUAGGUUUGAAGCACCUUUUAUGCCAUGCCGCAAUACAUUGAAUCUCACUCCGAUUCAAAAAACAGACCCACAAUUUCAAAAAUAUGCUAAAAAAUAUGCUGAAAUCAGAACCAAUUUAGAAAAUACAGAUUACAACAAUAUUGAUGAGUUCUACGCAAAAAAUAAUAUUCAUUCGGACGAUGAAUACUGUAACAUACUCCGUGCUGGAAUUAACAGACCAAAAAUAUUUUACAAACGUAGUCCGUUAGAAAAAUGGAAUAUUCCAUUCAAUCCGUUCGUAUUAAGUAUUCUGAGGUCGAAAAUGGAUUUUCAAAUUAUUACUGAAGAGUACUCCUGUGCAGCCUACGUUGUUGAGUACGUCAACAAGACUAAUCGAGGUAUUAGCAACUUACAGCGAAAAAUGAUAGAAAUAAUGAAUGAACAUCCCGAGUUCGAUAUGGUGGAUAUUACGCGAAAAAUGAGCGUGGAUAUAUUUAAUAGUGUAGAGAUAAGUAGUCAAGAGGCCGCUUGGUACUUGCUUAGGGAGCCAAUGUCAAAGAGCUCUGCUGGAGUCGUUUAUAUAAACACUGUAUGGCCAAUUGAACGUCAAAAGAUACGAAAGACCCAAAAAGAAUUGAGUGAACUCGAUGAAAAUUCCACAGAUAUUUGGAAAGAAGAUUGGUUCGAUAAAUACCAGAAACGACCCGACGAAUUGAGUGGCAUUACUUUAGCGCAAUUCGUCUCUAGAUAUUUUCAAAAAAAAGGAAAUGUUUACGCCGAGAGAAAAGAGCGCAAAGUUAUUCGAUUCCGGAAUUAUGGUAUUACACAAAAUUAUAACGAAUACAGACGAGAAAUGGUUACUUUACACAUUCCAUUUCGUAAUGAAGAUGCUGAAAUUUUAGCAGAAAUGAAAUUUAUCAAGAUCUACGACGAAAAUGAAGCAUUAAUUUUAGAAAGAAGAAAAGAAUUUGAAUCAAAUUUGGACAUCGAAAAAACGAUUGAAAUCUGUCGACAAUUGUGCCAGGAAGACGGAAAUCCGGACGAUAAUGAUGAAAGUGAAAUUCAAGAUGUUGUGGAUCGCUUUCCAGAGCCCAGAGUGAAGGAAGAAAGAAGAUCCUUGUCAAAUUCCCCAUCUAGAAAUGUCGCUCCGGAAGGGACGACAGGAGCAGACUCGGGGAGAAAUGCAGAAACCGGGACGGUCAAACGCUCCAGACCCGACGACGACACCCCCAGUCCACCUCGUGAGCACCAGGACAAGGAACCGAGAUUAAAUGACUACGGAUCAUAUGCUCAGAUAAAGGAAGGAAUCAUCAAACUCGCCAUAGUGAUGGAGGGCUUUCCGGCAAAUCAGUUGGGACCGAAAGAGGUGGAAAAAAUUAGAAAAAUAAUUAGAGAGCGUAUCCUGGAAGUUCCCCAGGGUACAAAAGUCCCUACAUUCACCGAUUUCUGCGAAAGGAACGGCGCUCUCAUCGUCAGCUGUGCUGACGAGCAGACCAAGGACUGGCUCAAUAGCUUCUUCUUGGAGACACCGAUGGACGGGAAACUCCUACGUGUGCUUUUGCCGGAGGAGUUCCAGAAGCGAUACCAGGUAGUUGUGCACGUGAAGGAGGCGGAUAUCUCGACCGAGGAGGCUAUUAAGCUUCUCGACCGCCAAAAUGUGGGACUGGGUACCGAUGAUUGGGCUGUCGUCAAGGACAGUGAAAGCAGGGACGCUUCGAGCACCCACUUCGCCUGUUUCAUUGGUGGCAAAUCCCUGGAGGCGCUGAGGAAGUGCGACUUCAGGCCAUUUUGUGGUUUGAGUCGCGCGUCCAUCAGACUUGUGGACAAGGACAAGGAUCGGGCCGAAAAGUCCAACUCUAUCAACUUACCCAAACCGGCCGCAACGCCAGCGGAGGGGGGAACAACUAGGAUGUCCCUGGGUACGAUAACAAUUUCACAACAGAACUAAAAAAUGGUGAACUUUUUGGAUUAUCGUCAUAUCGGAUGUGUAAUGUCGACACAAUCAUUGAUGGCCUCGGUUAUAUUGACUCUUUCGAUCUCUCAUUCAAUUGCAUUAAAAGUAUAGAACAUGAUUCGUUUUAUGACUUUCGAGGAGCCAGAAUCAUGGGAUUGUCUUUCAACCAGAUUAAAAUUUAGAAACUGGAGGGCGGAUACAUAAUUUAGGUUUGACUAAUAAUAAAAUCGAGAGCAUUCAAAGUGGAUCCUUCAACGCGAAUCUCAAUUGAUUGAAUCUGCAAAAUAAUUUGUUGAGCCAAAUAAACGGUGCAGAAUUCGCUAGUAUUAAAAAUACUCGAUACCUUGAAUUUUUCGAACAAUGGAAUAACGAAGACCGAGAAGACUUUUGUCAAAUAUCUUCGUAACGUAACUAGCGUAGUUCUCUCUGAUAAUUCAAACCAAAAGUUUGGGAAACGACGUUCUAUUUGGGGUAUCAAAGAUAUACGAUUUCACAGUUAGGUUGGAAAGCGUCAAGCUAGAAUUCUUGCAAGAGGUUGUGUUCAACUAUUUGUCCCCUUCUAAAAAGUUGGUGAGUAACGUCCGAAGUUGGUCACCAACGAGGGGCAUUGUUGUCGCUUUAUUCGUACUGUGAUUGGCCGCUGGGGCUUUCAAAUUCGGAGUCUUGCUGUCAGUUUCAUGUUUACUAUCAAUUUGGCAGUGGUGUAUACGCGAGUGGUUAUAAGCUUUCCUUGGGCGCAGCAGCGCUAAUAAACCCCUAUACGCGCGCUUCAGCGCGCGCUAAUAUACCCUAGUAAUAUAAAUAUCUGUAAAUCUUAACUUAUGAUAUGAAAUAAAAAUAUAUUUCGUUUGCACGAGAA